GUUUUAAAAUCUAAAGAAGUUUAAGCAGCGUAGUAGAUGUUAUUUCUCGCUUCGUAAUUUCUAUUGAAUACAAAAUACGUGAGUACAUGCAUGUGUGUACGUAGAUCAGCCUUCUGUAACUAUCUAUUGUGCGGACAUGCGCCCGCGCAACGCUUUGUUUACUCACCGGACCAUGCGUUUGCGUUCUCAAUUCGAAUCGUGCUUCAGUAUCGCGCCAGGCGUCGAGCGGAGCGCACGUAUCGCUCCGAUCAAACUUUGCUACCCAGUUGAUAAAAAUAUUUUUUUGUGAGAUUUUGUUUUUCAUUGGUUUUUUUUUUGUUAUUGUGGACAGUGUGUGCUAUUGUGUUUCGUUUUAAAAAUGGCUAUGGAGCCAUUAACAUCGGUACCUGUGGAUGAACUCGAAUCAUGGGUGGAACUCAACAACGGCGGUGGCCUUGCCGCCGUGGAGAACGAGUACAUCAGACUGCUGCGGGAAGCUCAGAGGGACAGCCGGGACUCCUCCGUGAGGCACUCCCGAGCCUCCAGCGUUAAAGGCAGUCCUAAAUCGCCGCCCAACAGUCCAAACUUGGAGCCUUCCACGGAGGACGAGCUGAAGGGAGUCUACAUUAACUGCUGGAGAGAUGACUCCAACGACUGGGUUUGGGAAUGGAGUAGCAGACCAGAUCAGCUUCCGCCCAAGGAUUGGCGGUUUAAGCAUCCCACCAGUGCUCGCGGACCACCUUCAGCCACCUCCUCAAUCGAGGUCCUCGAACAGCAACUAGCGGCUCCGGUUAUGCAACAGAGCCACUGCCUGUCCGUCCGUCGUACGUGCCUGUUCAGUCGGGGCGCCAUCGCAGCUGUACUGCUAACCAACGUUGUCUCAUUACUGCUCGGCGCUGGGAUUGGGAUGUGGUUAAGCAAACGUGGGAUGCUUCCUCCCAGAUUGAUUAUCCUCAACUAAGCUGAAGAAGACUGAGGCUCGAUAACUGAAAGUAAAUACUAUUAUAU